GACCCGAUCCGGAUCCGGACUAUGGUCUGUCUAUAUUGAAUAAUCACUCUUCUCCGUUCACACCCUGUGCGCGCGGGCUCUCUUCGUCGUGCGGCAACUGCGCGACCGCCGACGCCCGACGGCAGGUGCACCAGGUCUUCGUCGACCCCUUCGCAAGGCCUCGGUUCCAUCCUUCGCCGGAGGCGACCGCCCGUCAACAGGACUUGAUCUACUACUCACUAGCGGUGUAGAGGUGAAGAUAAGAACUUGACCAUGAGCAGCAUAGGCACAGGUUAUGAUUUGUCUGUCACGACCUUCUCCCCAGAUGGUCGUGUCUUCCAGGUCGAGUAUGCCACCAAGGCCGUCGACAACAGCGGGACUAUUGUUGGGAUCAAGUGCAAAGAUGGCAUUGUCCUGGGUGUCGAGAAGCUGGUAACCUCAAAGAUGAUGCUGGAAGGAUCAAACCGAAGGAUCCAUUCGGUGCACCGUCACUCUGGCUUGGCUGUUGCUGGUUUAGCAGCAGAUGGCAGGCAAAUUGUUUCAAGGACCAAAUCAGAAGCUGCCAGUUAUGAAAAGGUCUAUGGAGAACCCAUUUCUGUGAAGGAAUUGGCUGAUCGUGUGGCAAGUUAUGUUCAUCUUUGCACGCUGUACUGGUGGCUCAGGCCUUUUGGUUGUGGUGUUAUUCUUGGAGGUUAUGAUAGGGAUGGGCCACAGCUCUACAUGAUAGAACCCUCAGGAGUUUCCUACAAAUACUUCGGUGCUGCAUUGGGGAAGGGAAGACAGGCUGCAAAGACUGAGAUAGAAAAGUUGAAACUUUCGGAGCUUACCUGCCGGGAAGGCAUUGUUGAAGUUGCAAAGAUAAUUUAUGGAGUGCAUGACGAAGCGAAGGACAAAGCUUUUGAGUUGGAGUUGAGCUGGAUCUGUGAUGAAUCGAACCGCCAGCAUCAGAAGGUUCCAAAUGAACUGUUGGAGCAGGCCAAAGCUGCUGCUCAGGCAGCUCUUGAGGAGAUGGAUGCUGACUAAGAAACAGGACGAUUUGCCCAGACUUGGUGUUUUUGGUGCUGUUGAAAUCUCCGAUCCCUUUGGGGUGUGACCCACUGGACAUGGCCAAUUUGUCACAAUUUAUUAUUUUGACCCAUGUCAUGUGAAACUCCUUUCGUUGAAGUCUGGUAUCUAGAUUGACUUGUAUCAGAGCUGUGGUUUACGCAGACUGGAUUCUGGAGUACUGGACUGUGUGUGUGUUUUUCGGAACUGUGCAUCUGACUUUUAGCUGUUCGUUGACUUUGUUUUUCUUUUUUCAGAUAAAGAGCUGUUUCUUGAUUU